UCAGGUCUCAACUGACAACUCUCAAUCAAAAUUCAAAAGAUAUUUUUCAAACUGCCACGGCGUAAAUCGCGAAGAAGUUGUGAAGCAUCUUUCAGUUAUUUGUUUGUAAAACGAGCAAAAUAUUAAAUGUGUUACGAUUUUACAGUGAGGAUUGUUAAUUUGUUUGCAGAUAUUUGAUAAUACCAUGGAUCACAUGGUAGAUCGCCUUAAUAAGCUGAGGGAGGAGCGAAUUGCAAGAGAAAAAGCACGCAUUGAAAAGUUACGAGAACUUAAUCUGAAAAAAUACGGCAAAAAUGAUUUCCAACCGCCAAAAUCAUCUUCUUCAACUGUAUCUAUCACUUCUAAAACUAAAUCGGAUGUCCCUUUGGUAGCCCCUACUACAUCCAAAUCUGAUACUAAUACAAUCUCUAAAAACACCAAUGCUACUAAAACUAAUCUAAUAAAAAGAUCCAUUGCAGCACCUAAAACCCUUCCAAAUAAAGAUGGUGGAAAAAGUCUAGCAACUAAUAAUGUCAAACCACCUAACAAAUUCAAUGAGAAAUUGAAAAUAGGCACCACUGUAAAAACGCUUAAAGAACGUGGUGAUGGUAAAAAUGGCGAAAAUGAUGGAACAAAAAAACAAGGGACGAGUAGUAAAAUUCCUACUAAUAACAUUAAAUCAUCAAAUAAUGCAAUCGAGAAAAAGAUUAGUGUGAUAAACACUGCAAUUGUAAAUGAUUAUACUAUUUUUCAACUGUUGACAAAUACUAUUGUUCAGAAUAAAGAAAACGUUGAUGGUAAAAAUCAUGAAGGUAAAGACAAUGUUGAAGAAAUUAUUCCAGAAAUGUUAGUAACUGACCAAGCAAAAGAAUCUAAUGUUAACAUGGAAGCCAGUAAAUUUGAAAAAAUCGAUGGUAAAAAUGACAAGCUUGUAAAUGAUGAAACAAACGUUCAAGUCAAAAAAAGUAAUUUAAAAAGUACAAUACCAACACCUAGAUCAAAUGGAACUAAAAAUGUCAAUGGAAACAAAGUCACUAAUUUGAACUCGCGUAAAAGUACUGCCUUUACGUCCAGAGUUGAUAGCAAACCGAAACCAGUUGAUAGAAGAAAGACUAUGAUUCCAGAACUAAAGGAAAAAAGGAAUGCAACUACAAAUUCUAAAGAAUCUGUUUUUGAAAGACUUUACAAACCGAAAGUUGUACACAAACAACCAAUUGAUAAUGCAACAAAACUCAAAACUGAUCCAAAAUGCAUCAAAAAGGUUACUAAAGAGUCCCAAACUAAUAGACGACACACGGUAUUCGAACACCAAAAUGAAGUUAGACGUUCAAUAUCUGCAAUUCAUUUUAAGAGAGUACGUAAGAGUGAAUUGCCUAACUGCAUUCAUAAGUGGGCGUCAAUAGGAGACAAUAUUAACAAGGAGGACACACAAGAGGCAAAUGAUGAAGAGGAUUUGAAUGACGAGAAAGUGAUUUCAGCAGUUAAAAGUGAGAGGAAGAGAGUAAAAUUCCAAACACCACUACAUUUUAACAUUAACACUCCAAAACCGGAAGAAUUGCAGUCGAGAUUGCAGAAUUGGUUGAAGAAAAGGGGGAAAUCCUUAGAUUCGUAUCAUCACUUGCAGUGCUUUGGACUUCAUCAUCUAUCUGUUCAUAAUAUAAAACCACUGGAGACACCAAAGUUUGAUGACAUUGAAGAAAAUAAAGAAAACAUAGCAUUGGAACAUGAUAGUGACAAUGAUUCAUUUUUGGAAAAUAACAAUAGAAAUGGUGAUCUGGAAAAGGAAGAAAAUCUCCAAUUUCCUGCAGAGAAGUGGCGUAGCUGUGUCAUGGAUACUAGUGACUUGAAUGAUAGUUAUACUUCAAGUCCGAUUUCUGGUGAGGAAGUACACCAUGUUGACGAAUUGCUUCUCGGCGCUUUGAACGAUUUGACGGAGUUGUUGCGGGAGGGUUUCAACUGGGAACAGAGCGCGCGUUGGCUCCGCGCCCUGCGCGAGCGUUUCCCUUCCGCGCCCGAGUCUGCGCCCUAUUGGGAGUGUCGAGCGGCGCUCGCGGAGAGACAGGGAGACUUGCACGCGACCGUGCAGUGCUUGGAGCAGGCCAUCGCUAAGGGCACAGAGCAUUCUGUAGUAGAGGCAAACUUGGACAGCCUGCUGGACAAAUUCAUGCAGCUCAAGAUCAGUCCCAACUGUGGACGAAGGCAAGUGGACCCUAAACUGGUGGAUGUCAAGAAUGUCUUCAAGAGCACUAUCAUCCGCUUUGCGGUGCAGCAGGCUAAGUUGCAAUCAAGUGGCACUCCAAAGUACACGGUGACGCCGGUGCGUCGCAGCCAUCGCCUGAGUCACACGCACACGCCGUUACGUGUCUGUAGCUCCAUACAACAGAUCAAGCAGCUUGGGGCAGAGUUCCGGCCCAACAAGGCGCUCAGUGACAGCCCUUAGAACGUUCACCACGGUGACAACCCUUAGAAUAUACAACACUCAGUGACAAUUCCUAGAACAUAAUAAGUGACAGCUCUUAAAACAUGCAGCACACAGUGACAACACUUAGGCCUCAUUCGCACGAGAGCUUUUUUUAACGUUCGUUAAAAAAGCGUUCAAAAAUUGCAUUCCCAAACAAAUGCAUUCCCAAGUAUCUGUUCACACGACAACGCCUUUUAACGGGUAUAACGUUAAUACCCGCCAACGCCGGGUUUUAACGCAGCGCUUUUAUAACGCUCGUGUGAAUUGGGGCUUAAAGAAGAGGUUUUUUGACGUCCGUUAAAAAAAACGUCCCCACGUGUAUUCCCAAGUAUCUGUUCACACGUAACAAAGUGUUAACGUGGAAGGACACGUUUAAGCCCAGGUGUAACGAGACAGAUUUUUGGCAGCGGUAUAACGCUGUAUCGUCUUUAACAGUGUCUUAAGCCUGAGCAAAGGCAAAGUGCGCUCUAUUGAUCUUUACCUCAGAACAUAAACAAAAACUCGCGGUGGGCGAUCUCCCUUACUGCUCGCUGCUACUGUUAUGCCAAAGUAAGAGUUAUUAAGAAAGUCCCCGCAACUCGGUUCUGCCGGUGUGCGCUGGUACAUUUAUAGAAUCUCUGACUAAAAUGCGGUGCAUUUUGACGCCAUAGGCAUUAUUUUUAAUGUGAUAUUUAAUUUUAAAAGCACACAUGUAUGUCGUAAUUUUUUUUUUCAUUUAAGUGGGUAUCUUACAUCUAAAGCUUCUAUUUUCUAAACCUAAUCCUGUUUUGUAAACUUUCUAUGUGUGUUUUAUGUAUAGAGAUUAAAUUUUAUCUUUGUUUUAUAAAAUUAAUAAUAGCAAUUAUUAAAUCUAUCCUUUGUCUGUAAAUGCGAAUUCAAAGCAACAUCAAGAUAGUUGUUAGCUGGCCUAUUAGUUUGCAAAUUUUUUGUAUAAUUUGCUAUUAUUACUAUAAAUGAAGCCUAUUUUUUAUAUGCUUUCAAAUAUCUAAAAGCAGGCUAUCUUGUAUGUUUUUUGUUUUUGUUAAUAUUUCGCUUUUUAACAUAAAAUAACUUGAAAUGUGUGCUAAGCUAUAAAUUAUUUUCAAAAAUUCGAAGCACAUCUCUAUGGUUUAAUGUCAUUGACCUGGCAUAGAGCUUUGACAUUUUGGGUGACCAUAAUAAGUAUACGUUUUCUACUAAACUUCUAAUAUAUUCUAAUCAUGUUUUUACUGUUUUUAUGCUAUAGAAUUAGAUCUUGCAUGUAAAAUUUCUUUAUUAUAAUUCUAAUAAAAAUAUUUUACCUAA